AUGACUGACCCGACAAUACUCUCUUUUACCAAUUCAAAUCGAGGGAAACGAAUGCUUAUUUAUUCAGGAUAUGUUUAUCGACUAAAAAAGUCCACAAAAAAUGUUAAGUACUGGGUUUGUCAAUCAAAUAGCUGUGCAGCGAAUGUUCAUACCAAUGCAAGUGAUCAAUUCGUUAAAGCUAAUGGACAACAUCAACAUUUGCCUGCACCCGAACGUAUUGAACUUCGAGAUCUGAAAAACAAGGCAAAGGAGAGAGUGAGGACUGAAGCGACUUCUGUGCCCAAAAUUUAUGAAGAAGAAUUAGCUCGUUCUAAUAUCUCUUCAGCUGCUCUUAUCCUUGCACCACUUCCUGCUGAUGCAAAAUCUGUUUUGAAUCGUGUUCGCCGAAAAAUAACUCCACCGAUACCCACAUCAAGUGAUUUUGAUAUUCCUGAUGUUUACCGACAAACACUUACUGGUAAACCAUUCGUAUGUACCGAUAGAUUUAUCAGAAACAAACGAAUGAUUUUAUUUGCAACUAAUCAACAACUUGAAACGUUGUUUUCAUCUGAAUGGAUUUUUCUCGAUGGGACAUUCGAUGCAUGUCCAUCGCAAUUUAAACAACUCUAUACAAUUCAUUCCUUGAAAUUCAAACAGAAUUUUCCAUGUGUUAUAAGUCUGCUUUCAGGAAAAUCUACUGAUAUAUAUCUACAAUUAUUUUCUGAGCUUGAAUGUCAUGCUGAACGAUUAAAUCUCAAAUUUGAACCACGGCAUGUCAUGUCAGAUUUUGAAGUGUCUUUGAUCAAAGCCGUUAAACAAAAAUUUCCAAUGGCAAUGCACCAUGGCUGUUACUUCCACUAUUGUCAAUCACUUUACAAACAAGUUCAACUACUCGGUCUAGGCACAGCAUAUUUUGAAGAUGAAAAAGAAGCUGUACAACUUCUUGAAGAUGAUUCACUUCCAGAAAUGAAAGAUUUCUUUAAAUAUUUUAAAUAUCAAUGGUCAACGCGAGUGCCUCCAAAAUACUGGAAUGUGUCAACCCUCGAGUUUCGUACUAACAACUUCGCCGAGGGUUGGCACAACAAGUUCAACAACCGUGUCGACAAAACUCAUCCUAACGUUUGGAGGCUUUUUGGAUGUUUAAAACUUGAAGAGUUAUCAUUUCGACAACAAUUAGGAAAAGUUAAUUGUGCUGUGCAGAAGAAACUAGAUGGUAUUCAAGUUUCACUCGAAUACGAAAUGCGAUGCGAAGCAGGAAUCUCCAUCCAGGAAAAAUCUGCAAUUCAGAGAAAUCUUGAAUACUUUUUAUGUCGACAUGAUGAAAUUCAUCACUCAGAAAACUCUAUUCUUACUUAG